AUGCCAAGUGUAUACCACAAUGGGAUUGGGCUCCUGGAGACCUCAAUGGUUGCAGAGGUUCGGCACUCCGUUUUGGUGUCGUGCAGACUCGGUCCAAUUGUUGGCUAUCUUGGUAAUCGGUAUUCUAGACCUCGUAUGAUGGCAAUAGGCGAACUUGUAUUGGUGCUGUCAUGCCUGAUAAACGCAUCGCCGUACUUUAUUUACGGCCCGGGAACACACUUACUAUUUGAUGACAAACUGCUGGAAUCGCAAAUGACAGCCAAUAACACGCGCUAUGAGUUAUGUUCUGCAAAAAUUGAUACAAUGGAUUGCGCGGCAAAAGGUGGUCACUCUACUAUAUGGCCAGCGGUUAUAAUCCUGGUUAUUGGCAGUGCGCUGAGAGGUGUCGGCUAUACUGCCUAUUGGGUAUUUGGGGUCGCAUUCAUUGAUGAUAGUGUUAGCAAAAAGAGCUCACCAUUAUAUAUGAGCUUGAUGUCUAUAUUGAGAAUGAUCGGGCCCGCCGGUGUUGAUCCGAAAGUACCAACCAACGACCCGCGAUUCAUCGGAGCAUGGUGGAUUGGAUUUUGUGUGAUUGCGAUUUUAUUAACUAUUGUUACCCUACCAUUGUUCCUAUUUCCCAGACAAUUGAAAGGGGCGUCAGUUAAGGAGUCAGACAGAAUAGAUUAUGAUAAUAGCGCGCUAGGUAUUUGGCACGCGGUGAUACGGUUGCUGACAAAUCCAAUAUUUAUGUUCAACAUGAUUGGCAACGGCUUGCGGUCCAUAGGAUGGGGCGGUCACCGGAUCACCAAGCCCAAAUACAUGGAGUCUCAGUACCGGGUGUCAGGCAGCAAGGCCAAUUUGUUAACCGGUCUGUCCGGUAUAGUGCCGGUAGGGAUUGGUAUUUUGGCCGGUGGUAUUGGAAUUAGAUAUAUAAAGCCCCGACCAAUUACCUUGAUUCUUUAUAUGUUUGCCCUCGAAUGGGUUUCAAACAGCGUUAUGUUUACCUCUAUAUUUUUGGGUUGUCCGCCAUUGCAACUAGGUCCAAACACAAAAAUGACAACAAAAACGUUUACAAUGAACGCCGACUGUAAUCAAGGCUGCGAUUGCACUACCAGUGUAUUUACACCUAUGUGUUCGGCCGAUAGCGUGACCACAUAUUUCUCACCAUGCUACGCCGGCUGUAAAUACAUGGACAAAAUAACUGGGAUUGCUUCAAAUUGUUCAUGCAUAACUGACCAUGGUGGUUAUGCCACCAGCGGCUAUUGUCAAAGCGAUGCCGAUAAUUGUACAAACUUUUACAAUUAUGUAUUGAUCCGAGCGAUGCCACAUCUAUUAACAUCCACUGGUAGAAUUGGAAGCAUAUUAUUUGCAUUACGAGUGAUAGAUCCUAAAGAUAAAACAUGGAUACCUUAUCCAAUGAUAUUUGGUGCAAUCGCCGACUCAGCCUGUUUGGUAUGGGAGAGUACGUGCGGUAAAACCGGUAACUGUUGGCUAUACGACCAGGAUCGUUUCCGGUGGGUGUUACACGGCUCGGCACUGGCUUUUAUGGUAGCAGGCUCGCUAUUUGAUUUUGGUCUAAUUGCCAAAGCGGGUCAAAUUAAAAAUUUUUACGAUGAUGAUGGUGAUAAAAUUGAUGACAAUGAGAAUGAUAACGUUAAUAAUAAAAUUGAAUUGAAUAGUAUACCAAUUGAGAAAGGUGAAGAGAAAUCUCUCAGAACACAAACUCAGAACACAAACUCAGAACACAAACUCAACGAU